GAUGUGGUCCUUUGCUUGCCUUUAUCUGGCCCUUGGGGCACUAUUCCACCAAUUGACACCAAUGCUGGGAGCACCAAUCCCCCCCCUAUGGACACCAUUAAUGGGGCACUAUUCUUCUAACUGCGAUCAACAGUGGGGCACUAUUUUUCUCAAUGAUGUCAAUAUUGGGACACUAUUCCUCCCAUUAAAACCAAUAAUGGGGAAUAGUGCCCCAUCAUUGGUGUCAGUGGAGGAAUAGUGUCCAUCAUUGGUAUCAGUGGGAGAAAUAGUGCCCCAUCGUUGGUGUCAGUGAGAGGAAUAGUGUCCAAUCAUUGGUAUCAGUGGGAGGAAUAGUGCCCCAUCGUUGGUGUCAGUGGGAGGAAUAAUGCCCCAUCAUUAGUAUCAGUGGGAGGAAUAGUGUCCCAUCAUUGGUGUCAGUGGGAGGAAUAGUGCCCCAUCGUUGGUAUCAGUGGGAGGAAUAAUGCCCCCAUCAUUAGUAUCAGUGACACCAAUGAUGCGGCACUAUUCCUCCCACUGACACCAAUGA